AUGGACAACAACAACAAUAACAAGAUGGAUAACAACAAAAAUGACAUGGGAGAAGACAUUGCGAAUCCCUCCCAAGGGGAUAUCGGACGAGAGACUCCAAAUAUUGCUCCUGGUGGAGCAGACUUGGGAGGCAUCACGAUUAUUGGUGGAAAUGGUGAAUCUCAGUGGAUAACUCCUUCGCCAAUCAACCCUCCAGCACCUGCAACUCCUGGUACACCCAAUCCAACAUUGGGAAGCACACCAAGUCCAAUCACUGUUCAGACACCCCCGCCUACACUUCAACCAGUGAUGCCACCUCCAGUACCACCGCCUUCAUCCCCGCCACCUUCAUCCCCGCCACCUGCAAACACUCCCAAUCCAACACGCGACAUUCCAGGAGGAAUGGGUGGUGCUGCUCUUGGCCCACUGACGAUAAUCAAGUAUACAGGCAACCCCGAGCCGGCUACACAACCCCCCACAACUGGAGCUCCAAUGACGCCCGAGCCGGCUACACAACCCCCCACAACUGGAGCUCCAAUUACGCCCGAGCCAGCUACACAGCCUCCCACAACUGGAGCUCCAAUGACGCCAAGACCCGUGACAACUCCGCCAACGACGCCAAGCCCCGUCACAAAUCCACCAAUGACUCAAAGCCCCAUCCCAGUUACAAAUCCACCAACAACAUCAAUCCCAGUUACAAAUCCACCAGUAGCCCAAACUCCUCUCACAAAUCCACCAGUGACCCAACCCCCUGUCGCCAAUCCACCAGUAACCCAACCUCCUGUCACCAAUCCACCUACAACCGAAAGCCCUGUCACAAAUGCACCAAUCACGAGCCCUCCAUCUGCAGAUCAAUCACAAGAGCCAAAAUGGAACGAGAAUAUGGUUUGUUUGAAUACAGUCUAUACUGAUGUUGUCAUUGUAGGGGCCGGCAUGGCAGGGGUUUCUGCGGCCGUCACCUUGCAAAAUGAGGAUCCCAACCUAUCCUAUGUGAUUCUGGAAAGCACAGAUCGUGUGGGAGGGCGGGUAAAGAGCAUGACUUUUGGAGUCCAAGGGAAUGAAUGGACGGUUGAAGACGGGGCGAACUGGAUUAUGGAGUUCAAGAACAACCCGAUGUGGGCAUUGAUGGAACAGUACGAUUUUCAAACUGCGUUCAACGAUGUUGAAGACUACACAGUAUACAAUGAAUUUGGACAACUUGUGGACCCUGACAUCUACCAAGACAAGAUGGACAAGCUCAUGGAUGCCUGGGGAAAAGCCGUCGAUGAUGCCGAUGAACAAUGGACUUCUAACCACGAGGGGUAUGCUGAUUUGGGCGUGCGGUACCUCUUGCAAAAGUACGGCUGGAGGGUUCCAGACGAUGCAUCCGGGAACUUGGACUUUAUGGCGGAGUUCUAUAUGUUGGACUGGGAGUAUGCAGCGAGAGACACUUCCGUUCGAUACUUUCCGUAUUUCGAUGAAGACGAUUACUAUCAUAUCACAGACCCGCGCGGGUACGAAAUCGUGCCACAGCAAUACUUCCUCAACAACGCCAAUCGAAACAGUCUCAAGACAAAUUCUCGCGUCGUCAAGAUUGCCUACAAUGAAGCCAUUCAAAACAAUGGCAAAAACUAUCAAGCCGUUGUCACGGCGAUGGAUGGUUCGACAACUUGCACCAAUUAUGUGGCUCAGAGAGUCAUCUCAACCGUCUCCAUUGGAGUCCUCAACCAUGACUUGAUCGCCUUUGACCCACCCCUCCGAUACCCACAUGAGAAGUACUCUCCCUACUCCAUGGCCCUGUAUGUCAAGGUUUUCUAUCAAUUCCCAGUCAAAUUUUGGGAUACGACUGAAUUCAUUUUGACUGCUCGACCUGUGGGUCAACGAGGUCAUUGCCACCAUUGGCAAAAUAUGGACUUGCCACAAUUCAUGCCAGGCAGCGGGAUUAUUCGAUGCGAAAUGAUGACGGAAGCCUUCAACGAGCUGAAACACUCGGAAACAAAUCAAUUGACAGACGAAACAUUAUUGGCUUUGCUAGAGCCCCUUCGAAUCACAUACGGAGCAGCCACUGUGGGAACACCCCUGGCCAUGUACUACACACAAAACAACAAUAAUGUUGACUUUGGUUACGGAUCGUACGCCAAUUGGAAAAUUGGCAAGACUUUCACCGACUAUGCGCACUUUUUCGGCGGAAUUCCCAAUGUGGUCAACCAUUGCGAUCACAAUGGCUGUUCUGAUUCUGGUGAUUGGGUGCUGCACUUUUCAGGGGCGGCAACAUGUUAUGUCUAUGCCGAGUUUGUGCACGGUGCGUAUUGGGCCGGAGAAAGGGAUGCCAACUAUGUGCUCGAAUCUUUGGGGUACAAUGUCAAGACCGACAAGAGUCCCUGUGAUGAAGACUGGAAAUGGUUUGACGACAGGUAG